GGGCGGAGACCCCAGCUCCGCCCCUGCACGCCCUAGCUCCCGUGGGUCCCCGGUUCCAAGGAUCAGCGAGGUUUCUCGUCUUCACCUCUGGACCGGAAUGCGGAGUCCGAUCCCCGCAGCUCGCCCGCUGCCACCGCACUUCGCCCGCUGAGCCUGGAGCACCGGAAGACCCCGAGAGCCGCUCAUGGACGAGGCGGGCUCCCCGGCUCCUGCAGGGACAGGAGGAGGUGAUGACCCUGGAGGAGGUACGAGAGAGACAUCCAGGCGACUGUCAAGAGAACAGAUUUUUGUACUGGUAUCAGCAGCAACCAUGAAUUUGGGUUGCAUGAUGACCUAUUCCAUCCUUGGACCGUUUUUCCCUAAGGAGGCAGAAAAGAAGGGGGCCAGCAACACCACGAUUGGAAUGAUCUUCGGAUGCUAUGCGUUAUUUGAAUUGCUGGCUUCUUUGGUGUUUGGAAAAUAUCUUGUACACAUUGGAGCCAAAUUUAUGUUUAUAGCAGGAAUGUUUGUCUCAGGAGGAGUUACAAUUCUCUUUGGUGUGUUGGAUCAACUUCCGGAAGGACCGAUAUUCAUUGCCAUGUGUUUUCUGGUGAGAAUAGUAGACGCCAUAGGCUUUGGUGGGGCCAUAACGGCAUCGUCAUCCAUCCUUGCUAAGGCUUUCCCAAAUAAUGUGGCCACAGUCAUGGGAAGUCUUGAGGUUUUUUCUGGACUGGGACUGGUAGCAGGUCCCCCUUUAGGUGGCCUUUUGUAUCAAUCCUUUGGCUACGAGGUGCCCUUUAUUUUUCUGGGGUGCAUAGUUCUGUUGAUGAUACCACUCAACCUAUGCAUUUUGCCUAGUUAUGAGUCCCAUCCAGGGAAGCAGUCCUUCUGGAAACUUGUCACCUUACCCAAGAUUGGCCUCCUAGCUUUUGUGAUCAUCUCUCUCAGCUCCUGCUUUGGCUUCCUCGACCCAACCCUGUCUCUCUUUGUCAUGGAGAAGUUCAGUCUGUCAACCGGAUACGUGGGACUGGUCUUCCUGGGUCUGUCUCUAUCCUACGCCAUUUCUUCGCCGCUGUUUGGUCUACUCAGUGAUAAGAUGCCUAAUCUAAGGAAAUGGUUUCUGGUUUUUGGAAACUUAAUUACAGCUGGGUGCUACAUGUUCUUAGGACCUGCUCCUUUUCUGCACAUUAAAAGUCAGCUCUGGCUUCUUGUGCUGGUGUUGGUUAUAAACGGCAUCUCUGCUGGAAUGAGCAUCAUCCCGACCUUUCCAGAGAUGCUCAGCUGUGCAUAUGCAAAUGGAUUUGAAGACAGCAUAAGUACGCUGGGACUCGUAUCUGGUCUUUUUGGUGCCAUGUGGUCAGUUGGAGCUUUCAUGGGACCUAUCCUUGGCGGAUUUCUGUGUGAGAAAAUUGGGUUUGAGUGGGCAGCAGCUAUACAAGGCUUAUGGACUCUGCUAAGUGGUGUUGCGAUGGCCUUAUUUUAUCUCUGGGAGGACUCAACGGCAAGAAGAAGAUCUAAAGCUCAGAAUAGCCUUGGCACAGAGGAGGAACGAGCUGCUCUCUUGCCCAAUGACUCCUAGCCUUGCGAGCUCUGGAUUGAUCCAGAUCCAGAGACCGGUGCCAUGACAACAGUGCUUGGAGGAGCUUCCUGUGAGCCGAGCUUCCUGUGAUCCAAGCUUUCUGCACUCACACCCUGAAAGUGUCAAGCUGCAUUUACAUGACCGAGAGCCAUUCUCUGUUUCCUGUAGUUCUAGAAAGUUGGCUCACCAAGGCAACAUCUAUGAGAAAGAGCAAACCAACCAACCGGAGCGACGUUUCUAAAAGACCAACCUUGCCCAUCAGGUUUUUUAUUGACUGUCUUUGUUUUCUUCUUCUUGUGUUCACUUUUCACCCCAAGUUCACUCCAAGGUGCUACGGAUGUACCUCUUAAAAUGAAGCUAUUUAAUUCACAUUGAACAUAUAAAAUAGAAUGGAAAUUUUCAUGAAAUCGGUUUUGAAAGAUGGCCUUUCUCUGCAUUGAAGUUUGUACUUGGCAAAGAGGCAGAAUUCCUGCCCGCCAUAUAAAAACUCCAGAGCUCUUCUUGGCUUUCAGUUUUUCUAAAAAUGUUCGAGUGGCAGGUCCAAGAAAAAAUGAUGCAUGCCCUUGGGUCCCGUGACAUUUCCGGUCAUGAUCUUGGCUUAUACACAUUGUUUGCAUAACAUUGUUUCUGUUCUUAGCAUGUCUUUGUUUUAGUCUCAUAAUUUGUUUGCUUAUUGUGUUUACUCAUGGGAAAUGUGUUCCAUCACAAGGCAGGGCCACACCUGCCUCCGCCCAGCUAAGCGAGAGCCGUGUGCUCCACAUUGGAGAAACACUCCAACUUCACAGAAAAUCCUUGCUGCUACUUGAAGUUAGAAUGUCAACUUUGUACCUCCCGAUUCAUUUCCUUAUUGUAGUAGCUACAUUUCCUUUCGAAUAGAAUAAUAAAUGAUUUUUGUCUAG